UCUGCAACAUGAAUGGCUGCCAUUCACAGCCACACACUUAUCUUCUUCUUCUUCUUCAGACACGAAAUACACACUACAUACACCAUUAAUAUAAACUUACAGAGGGAGAAACAAACACGAUAUCUAUACUUAACACACCCCUACACAGUUAUAAGCUGUCACUCAUCUACCUGAACAUGGGACUCACUGUGUUGUGCUAUAUUGGCGUGGUAUUAACGGCCGUUAGUUGGACCGUCAAUGGCUGCCCGCCGACCGACAGGGCCGCCCUCAUGGCUUUUAAGUCCGCGCUCAACGAGACCCGCCAUGGUAUCUUCGGUUCAUGGGUCGGUCCCGACUGUUGUCAUAAAUGGUACGGCAUCAGCUGCGACCCGGAAAGUCACCGGGUUGCCGACAUCAAUCUUCGCGGCGAGUCGGAGGACCCUAUUUUCGAGAGGACUCACCGGACCGGGUUCAUGACCGGUUCAAUUUCCCCGGAGAUCUGCAGACUUACCCGCCUCUCUUCCAUCAUCAUUGCUGACUGGAAGGGGAUUUCCGGCGAGAUCCCUCCGUGCGUCACGCGUCUCCCGUUUUUGCGCAUUCUUGACCUCAUCGGGAACAGACUCACCGGCGAGAUACCUCCCGGUAUUGGCCGGUUGCAACGGUUAACUGUCUUGAAUGUAGCGGACAAUCAGAUAUCAGGAAGGAUUCCGGCUUCAAUUACGAACUUGUCCAGCUUGAUGCACCUCGACUUGCGGAACAACCGUCUGACUGGUCCGAUUCCCCCGGAUUUCGGCCGGCUCAAAAUGAUGAGCCGGGCUUUACUGAGCGGGAACCAGUUGUCCGGGCCGAUACCCUUGUCGAUAUCGCAGAUCUACCGGCUGGCCGAUUUGGAUCUUUCUUUGAACCAGUUAUCUGGACCCAUCCCGGCCGCCUUGGGAAAAAUGGCGGUUCUUGCGACCUUGAACCUCGACUGCAACAGGAUAUCGGGGCUGAUUCCGGCGACUCUUCUGAACUCCGCCGUAGGUAACCUCAACUUGAGCCGGAACUAUCUCCAAGGUCCGAUACCCGAUGCUUUCGGGUCGACCUCAUACUUCAUGGUACUCGAUUUGUCGCAUAACAAUUUGAAGGGACAGAUACCCAAGUCGAUGUUGUCGGCGACGUUUAUCGGGCACAUGGAUUUAAGCUACAACCACCUCUGCGGGAGGAUACCCGGCGGCGCCCCGUUCGAUCACCUGGAAGCGUCGUCGUUUGUGUACAAUGACUGUCUUUGCGGAAAGCCGCUUAAGCCUUGCCGAGUUCAUGUCCGGCCGGCGGAGCCCUAGAUAGCCGGCUAACCGGAAAAUAUAGGAAAUGAGUGAAUAUUAAAUACUUGAUGCUUGUAAUUUGUAUUAUUAUUAUUAUUAAUUUAUUAUUGUUAGUUCAAAAAGAUGGGAGGAAAACAAUAUAUUCGUUCGUAAUUUUUAAUUUUUAUUAUUUUCUAUUUAUUGUCACGUGAUUUUACUGUGCAUGUAA